CUCAAAUUCUUUUUAUUUUCCUUUCUUUCUUUCCUUCGUUGCUGUCUUUCGUAAAAACGAUAAACUCUGUAAAAGCAUUCCUACGCAAACCAGUUUUGAAUUCGCAUCAUAAACAUCUGAUCAAAGAGAAUAUCUUUUCCUAUUAUCAGUGGCUAAUGCAAUAAACACUGGCGAGAGAUAGCCGCAUAUAUGUUUAAAUUAAUCUAAUAAUCGCAUACUGUAAAUAAAUUUUGAAAGUGAAAUUAGGAAGGAAAACCUUUCGCUUGCAUUCAAUAAAUAGACGAUAAGAGGGAAAAAUGAAUUUCGCCGGUAAAGUAGUGCUAAUUACCGGGGCAAGUUCCGGUAUUGGAGCUGCCGCAGCAGUGAAAUUUGCAAAGUUGGGCGCAAUACUGGCUUUAAACGGACGUAAUGUGGAAAAUUUGCAGAAAGUUGCGGAACAAUGCACUGCGGUGAGUAAAUGUACACCGCAUCUGGCAGUGGGUGAUAUCUCCAAAGAGACCGACACGAAAAAAGUUUGGGAAGAAACAUUUUGUACAUAUAAAAAAUUGGAUGUUCUAGUUAAUAAUGCGGGAAUUAUUGAAACUGGUACUAUUGAGAAUACUUCGUUGGAGCAAUAUGAUCGGGUAAUGAAUAUAAAUUUACGUGCCAUGUAUCAUUUAACUAUGUUGGCGGUACCGGAAUUGAUUAAAAGUAAAGGUAACAUAGUCAACGUAAGCAGUGUUAACGGUAUACGUUCGUUUCCGGGAGUACUCGCUUAUAAUAUAUCAAAAAUGGGGGUCGAUCAGUUUACACGUUGCGUGGCCUUGGAAUUGGCCGCGAAAGGAGUCAGAGCGAAUUGCGUUAAUCCCGGCGUCACAGUAACUAAUCUACACAAACGUGGUGGCAUGAAUGCAGAAGCGUACUCGAAAUUUUUAGAACACUCUAAGACGACGCAUGCAUUAGGCCGACCUGGCAAAGCCGAUGAAGUUGCCGAUGCUAUCACCUUUUUAGCCAGCGAUUUAGCAUCCUUCACUACAGGCGUCAGUUUGGCUGUGGACGGUGGUCGUCAUGCUAUGUGUCCCCGAUAAACAAUAAAUAUAUAUAUAUAUAAAAGGAGAAAUUGUGUUGUAUUUGCAUUUAAAUAAAUCUUAUAUUGAUUCAAUAAUAACAUA